CUUUAACGUUUUUCCUUUUUUCAAUUUCUUUUCUCCCCCCCGCCCUAUUUUCAUGAUCGUUCGUUACUCCUAAAAUCAGCUGAGCAGGUGAACUUCAUUCCUUCCACCUUCAUUUAAAUUGCCCCUUCAGUAUGAAUCGCCUUCGCUCUCUUGCAUGGACCGCGCUGAUGACGAACUCGAUGAUCGCAAUGAGCUAUGACACUUCAGUCUUCAGUCCGGGCAUCUUCGAAGUGGACUUGAUAUCCCCACGCAACGAAACCUACACCCCCUCGGCGCUGUUGCCCAUUGUAUUUGCGCUGCAAAAUCCGACUCUGGUUCAAGCUUUGGAAUUCUUCAUCAUCUGGGAGUUGUGGGAGGGCAAUAACCAUACUUCCCCAGGCUCCGUCACCAACGGGGCACUUGAGCCGGCGUUGUCGAAUCUGACGUCCUCCGACCCUCUCUUUGUCACUCGCUUCAUCGACACUACCCCCUACCCGGUCGGCUUCUGGACCUUUGCCUGGAGUCUCGUGGUUUCGAAUUGCACUCAUAAGGGCGGCUACGAAGGUGAAGACAUCGCGACAAACGGUGCCAUCGUCUUCACUAUCAGCCAGUCAGGGCAGGCCCCCAAUCUCACAUCUUCUGAAAAUUGCGGCUCGAUGGAUGCCUAUGCGUAUAACGUAACUUCUGAUGGGGACGCAUGCGCCAUCCUUGGACCCAGUCCCACCACCAAUCCUUGUGCAGCGACGGUCAAUCCUUCCGCAGCUUCCAGUAUCAUGGCAGCAGCCACCGCGUUCGCCUGUGACCCUCUCGAGACUUCAAUCUACCCCAAUGUCACUUGUCCGACUUCCACGGCCAAAUCCUCGAACAGCGCGAGACAAUGUCGCAUGGCUGCAGCGUCCACGUGGCUUACACUGUUGACCAUGAUGACUGCCUUGAUCCACUUCGGAUGAGAACAAUGUGCAUAGACUACCAGUGGCGAGUCCUUUUCAUAUGUAGCAAUAUUAUUAUCGAGAGUAUCGGAU